AUGUUUGCAUCAUAUUAUAUAGUAGUGAUCGCUUUGCCAUUAUAUAUCACGCAAAUAACGGUGUCAAAUGAUGGGAGUCUGCCAAUACAAACAGGAAUAGGAAGUGACCAGGAAAUAACAACUGUGGCUAAUGACAGUAAGGAAAAAGAUAAAUGGUUCAUAUGUGAGGUAUGUGAUAAGCAAUUCGGACGUUCAGACACUCUGAAAUACCAUAUGAAGAUACAUACCGGUGAAAAAAACUACACAUGUAAGGUAUGUGGUAAGCAAUUUGGACAUGCAAACUCUUUGAAAUGCCAUAUUAGGAUACAUACCGGUGAAAAGAACUACACAUACACUCUGAAAUACCAUAUGAGGAUGCAUACCGGUGAAAAAAACUACACAUGUAAGGUAUGUGAUAAGCAGUUCGGACUUGCAAGUACUCUGAAACGCCAUAUGACGAUACAUACCGGUGAAAAAAACUGCAUAUGUAAGGUACGCAAUAAAACAUCCAAUCAGCAUUCAAUCCUGCAGCGACACAAAUUAGCACACGACGACAUGCGAUUCGAAUGUAAGCAAUGUGGUAGAAAUUUCACUCAAGAUGAUUAUUUGAAGGAACACAUGAAAAUACAUAAAAGUUCAAAUGAAAAGUUGCAUUCGACAGUGAGCUCCUUAAUAAAGUCGAUAGCAGAAGAUAUCAUUGACACGGAAAUAUUAUUAAUGGAAAUUCUUGCAUUCGCAGGGAUAUAA